AUGGCCAUGCCUUUACCGGAUUACUACUCCUACUCCAUGGCUGUUGGGGACGGCACUGGGACUGAAUAUUCCACUGCAUAUGAUGGUCGCAUCUCUGGUGUCAGACUCUGGGAAUACAGUAACGCAUACAUUCGUGGAAUUCAGCUGCGUUAUGAUGGUAACUGGACAACACCAGUUUGCACAAGCAAUGGCAAUCCACUGGAGAUGACACUUCGUGACAGUGAAUUCAUUAUUCAGGUCUCUGGAAAAUAUGCAAGUGGCUACAUUUAUGAGAUUAUGUUUGUCACUAGUCAAGGCCGCUCUUUGAAAGUGGGACAGCCUUAUGGAACCUCAUUUAACUUCUACCCGACCCUUGAUGGAAGCGAGUUACGUUUUCUCAGUAGUCGACAGAAUGGAUAUGGCAUCACCUCCAUUGGGGCUCACUGGGCUGUCUACUACACCGAUGACGACAAUGUAACAGCGUAA